CUUGUCCCCUCUCUGCCUCUACACCGGCCAUGUUCAAGAAGAUUCAGGUGGGCUCGAGCACGCAGCUCAAGUCGUCUGCUGUGCGUGGGCUCAAGGCGUCUGUUGUGGAGCAGUAUCCGGCGCUGGCGCAGAUCAUCGACGAGAUGGUGCCCAAGAAGGGCACGCCUGUGUACUCGAUCAAGUGCCAGAACCCGCGCGGGACGCUGUACUCGGUCCGCGAUGAGAUUCUCUUUGUUCAGCCAAAGAACGACCUCAUCUUCCCGACGCUUCGUGUCGCCAUGCAGUAUCCGGGCAUGAUGAAGUCGGUGACGGUCGACAAGGGCACCAUCCGCGCUGCGCUCAAAGGCGCCAACAUCAUGGCCCCAGGCCUCACCUCGGAGGGCGGGUCCAUCGAGGGCGACAUUCCCGCUGGCACACCUGUCGUCAUUCACGUCGAGGGCAAGUCGCAGCCUAUUGCUGUCGGCAAGAUGGAGCUCUCUGCUGAUACCAUCCGCGCCGAGAAGACCGGCGUGGCCAUCAUCUCCGUCACCUUUCUCGGCGACGGCUUGUGGAAGCACGAGAAGUGAAGCAUAGACACAUUGCAGA